GUCGUCGCGGUUGCUUAGUUGCGCGGUGUUUAACUACUAACUUACUACUAGCAGGUCACUUGAAACACUAAAGCAAACCAACGAGGAACACGUGUUUAUUUGAAGUGGGUCGUCGGCCUUUGUCAUGUAUAUUAUGUUGUGAAUAGACCAUCUGGAGUACCAGCUAUCUCACAGAGGAACUGGCUUAAUAGCAGUUAAUUUAACGAGGACUCUAUUUCCGCUUGAUGUGUAGCUUUUGACUUUGACAGAUGCAGAAAUUUACGACAUGCAGUUUUAGGAAGCCUCGCGUCGUCAUGGUAACCACCCGAAGUUAAACAAUAAAAAAGUGUUUGGAGCACUCAGAAGUCGCGCGCUGUGUAAACAAGCGUUUAUAAAGUCAUGAUAUGAACUGAAUAAGAAAAGCACGUUUGUUCAGAAAUGUGGGUAAAGGAUAGUUCUUGGAAAAGAAAUGGACAUGGAAUCCAGGAAUGGUCGGAUGGGUGUAAAUAUGAGGGGGGAUUCGUAAAUAACCUGAAGCAUGGCACUGGUGUCUUCACAUGGACAAAUGGAGAGUUCUAUAAAGGUUCAUUUUUUAAGGAUUAUCGACAUGGGAAAGGUAUGUAUUCCUGGCCAGAUGGAUCCAAAUACACAGGAAACUUUUAUCUGAACCGAAAAGAGGGAUACGGAGUGCAGUUUUUCCCAGACGGAUCAACUUUUGAGGGUCUGUAUCAUGCUGAUGAACGCUUUGGGCCUGGGAUCAUGACAUACCUUGAUGGGCGGCAGGAUGUGGGCCUUUGGCACAGAGAGAUGUUACUGCAAAUAUGCACCACUCUGGAGGGCGGCUUUAGUCUUGAGGGGUUCCCAGAUCACAUGACCAGACUGCCUAAGAAACACCUGAAACAACCUCAACUUCCUCUUGAUGUGGAGUGGAGUACAGAUGGCGGUCCCCUUGAGUCCGAUCAGGAGUUAUCAGAGGACGUGGAACGUUUCAUCCUGCCUCCAGACACUGAGAGCUACUCCACAGACUCAGACCAUCUGCCCGUUCCCAGGUGUCUACGCCGGGAACUGGACCUUCACUUUUUUGGUAGGAGUGACAUCAGCACAGAGCAGCAAUCAACAUCGACAGCCUUGACGCUACAGCAGCGCAUGAAUGCACACAUUCAGAGACACAGAUUUGAGACAGAAACAUUAGACUGGGAUGUCACUGCAGUAUUGAAUAUGAACAGGACUCAGUUUGGACCCAAAGGUCCCCUGGAGCUGAACUCAGAGAAACUGAUCGAGGAAGCUUCACAUGGUGAAUGCAGGAAUGUUUAUCGAAUCUUCAGAGAUGGAAAAGUCCAUCCCGACGUGAGUGACGCACGAGGACAUACGGCUCUCAUAGCAGCCACGGUACAUUGUCAUGACGAUGUCAUCCACAUGCUGUUGGACAGCGGGGCCGAUGUUAAUAAGUUAAAUGAUGAAGGCAUGUCUGCUCUGGCUGUCUGUACUGUUCUCUACUAUCCACUUCAGUCUUUAAAUGAGACGCUGGCUGAGAAAGUGACCCAGAAUAUCAGCCCUGAGCCACAGGUAAGAAUACUGAGAUUUGCACUUUCUUUUGGUAUGCUUAUAGUUAGUCAGAUCAUUUUUCCCCUUCAUUUCUUGUUCCUCCCUUUUCGGUCUGUUACGCUAAAGAUCAAGCCUUUGGAAGACGUCUCCCAUAUAUCCUCUCCAGAUCCAAUGACAGGAACACCCGAAGAUGAAAGCGACCAAGAGAUAUUUGAGACACCAAGACAGACCAACCAGGUUGACCAAAGUCUUUUACCAGAGAACCUCAAUAACUUGGAGAAACUCAGAGCUCAAGAGCAAAUCAACGAGGACAUAAACGAAGAUCAACCUGACCAACCAGAAGGCCUCAAGAACACUGAGGAACCUCAAGUUAAUCAAAUCAGUGAAAAUAAGGAUCCAAACAAGAAGAUAGUUCUUCAGCCUGAACAUGAACAGGACAUACCAUCAGUAGAACCACAUGAUAUUAUUUUAAGAUCUAUUCAAGUAUUCGAUGGUACAAUUGCAGUGGGUUCUGUGUUUUGGCGAGAGAGGAAAACAAAGAGUAUCGUUGACUCUGAAGAAGAGCUGACAAAUCUGGAGUUUGAAGAAAAACUAGAGCGGAGCAUCAGAUCAGAUGAUCUUUCCUUUGAUUCUGCAUGUUCUUUGGCUAGUUUUCACAUUGACGUCACAGAGGAGAUCCUACAGAAGACUGCAGAGAUCCUGUGCCAGACAGGAACUGUGACUCCGACUGACACUCAAGAGACGGUCCGGAAAAUUGCACUUCUUAAGACAGAACAUCGGAAUCGAUGGAUUACAAUCAAUCUUCUGUUGGAGAGAGGAGCAGACCCAAACGCAUCUACUGUCCCCAUGCCCGUCAUCUUCCUAGCUAUCAAAGCUGCCCAUGUCAAGGGCGUCCGUCGUCUGCUGGAGUGCGGGGCUCGUCCAGACAUACCUCUACUUCCAGAGCAAAAGGGUCUGUACCCCCUUCACAUAGCAGCAGGGUUGCCUGGAGCCGAGGGUCCUGAAAUCACAGAGCUCCUCUUGCAUGCUCUAGCGGACCCUGACGUCAAAGCACAGGAUGCCGAUGAAGUCUAUGAGUUUGAUAUGGAGACGCUUGAGCACCAGGCCUUUGAGAAUCAGCAUUUCAUGGCCUCUAAACCCCUGGCCAAGUUCAACGAAGCCCCGGUCGAGUUUCCUCAGGAAGGUGGGAGGACACCACUACAUGUGGCCUGCCAAAGAGACAGCGAUUAUGCAAAUGCUAGAGAUGUGGUUGUACUUCUUCUUUCUCGCAAAGCAAGCCCCAAUGAUGUGUGGAGUGGCCAUUCACCCCUGUCUCUAGCCAUCGCAAGCGGCAACGACCUUGCUGUGGAUGAACUGCUAGCCGGAGGGGCUGAUCCUAAUCUUCCUCUCACCCGUCAUGUGGGCAGCGCUCUCUGUGCCCUUGCCAACAUCAGCUACGACCGUGUGCCUCAUCCACGCAACCAAGUCAAGCUGCUGGAAAAGUUGAUCAAAGCUGGCGCUGACAUCCUCAUGCCCGUCGUGGUGGGCGCGGGACGCAGGUGCGCUGUGGGAACAGUCGUGGAUUAUGCGCACAGUGCAUUCCAACAGAACCAGCGCAUGGCCCACACUCCAUAUCAUGCCCUCAACAAGCACGAGAGACAAGCCUAUAAUGCCCGCCGGGAGUUGCUAGGCCUCAUGGGAGAUCUGCUGAGACAGGAGGCGAUCGGAAUGGAAACACGCCGCAUGGAGAAGGAUAGGAGCCAAGGCAUAUUCAGUGUCAGUCCCUCAGAGAAGUUUGUGUAUACCGGAGCAGGAGCGACACCGAGUCUCCUGAGCUCUCCUGAAGAGAACAGCAGGACUUCAUGCAUCGGUCAGAGAGUGCGGAGAAAGCAUCGCUUCAAAUAUUGCUACCAGUGCGGUCGUUCGGUGGGUGUGCAGCUUAUGGCCUGUAGCCGCUGUCAUGAGGUCUUCUACUGUAGCAAGACCUGCAAAACGAAAGCGUGGGAUGAACGCCACAGAGACGAGUGUGUCCGUUUGCCAGUGGUGAGUGGAAAAAGCAGCAGAGAUAAAUGCGCAAUCAUCGGACCACGUUCACCUCUGUCGACCAAAGAAGCUAAAGGCAAGACCUUCCACCUAAGAGUGACCCCAGAAAUACAAGAAUCUGACCUGAAUGAAAAUUACAGUUUUAUUUAGAAUGCUUUAAAAUCAAAGGCCAAUUAAACAGAUAUGUAAAAGUUUUCGGCUUCACAUUUACAUUUUUUGAAAAGAGAGAGACUGCCAGACAGCAACAUAGUGUCGGCCCAGAUCCGGCCCACAUCUGGUACACGUGGAAUCCACAUCUGGGCAGACACUAUGUUGCUGUCUGGGGAGGAUUUAAAACUUGAGCAAGAAAAUUACAUAAAAAAACAAAAACAAAACAUAAUUCAAGGUCUAUUAAUAGAAAUUCUUCGAAAUGACAGACAACAUCCACUUUGUUUGAACAACUGUGCAUGUUUAAUACGUAAAACAGACCAAAUUUACAAAUUCAAACCUCAAAUAAAAUGCUAGUCCUGAAAUA